CCAGGCGGCGCUGGGCGGCUGCUGCGCACAUCUGGACUCCACAGGCGGGGCGCCCGGGGAGCCAGCGGCGGCACACGCACAUCCCUGGCGCCCGGCCAGCGCGGAGUUCGCUCCGCCUGCCUACAUGUGGCUAGCGCUCCUCCUCGCCACAGAGCAACCUCCAGCAUCCCCGGCCAACUCCUAGCCCCCUCCCCAGCGCCACCCACCUCCUCAGCGCCCUCCCUGUCCCCUCCUCCGCCUCGUCUCCCGGCACGCCGCUCCCGAAGCGGAGCGUCACUCCGGCUGCAGCCGCAGACAUGGCGACGCUGACAGUGGUCCAGCCGCUCACAUUGGACAGAGCUUCUCAUGUCUGUGCCAGAUAGGACAUCUGCUCAGAAGAGCUAAACUGCAAGACGAGGAUUCUAAGAAUUGUUUCAAUUAGUGUAAUCUCCCAGUCACAAACACUACAAUCUUUAUCAUGGGGAAGGAGGGUUAUUUAAGAUGUUGCAAGAGCAAUUGAAUUACUGGAGAAACUACAAGAGUCCGGAGAAGUACCAGUACACAAGCUACAAUCCCUAAAGAAAGUACUGCAGAGUGAGUUUUGUACAGCUAUCAGAGAGGUAUAUCAAUAUAUGCAUGAAACCAUAACUGUUAAUGGCUGCCCAGAAUUCCGUGCCAGGGCCACUGCAAAGGCAACAGUUGCUGCUUUUGCAGCAAGUGAAGGCCAUUCACACCCUCGAGUGGUGGAGCUGCCAAAGACUGAUGAAGGUCUUGGCUUUAACGUGAUGGGAGGAAAGGAACAAAACUCCCCAAUAUAUAUUUCUCGUAUAAUUCCUGGAGGGGUGGCAGAAAGACAUGGAGGACUCAAGCGAGGAGACCAGCUGCUUUCUGUUAACGGAGUGAGCGUGGAAGGAGAGCACCAUGAAAAAGCAGUGGAGCUCCUGAAGGCUGCUAAAGAUAGUGUCAAGCUGGUCGUGCGCUACACUCCCAAAGUGCUGGAAGAGAUGGAGGCUCGUUUUGAAAAACUGAGGACAGCACGACGCCGGCAACAGCAGCAACUGCUAAUUCAGCAGCAGCAACAACAGCAGAAUACACAGCAAAAUCAUAUGUCGUAGGUUAUUCUCAAGAAUAAAAUCUAGAUCAAGAAUUCAGUAACCAAGCAAUUGGAGCUGUGCUUCAGUAUUCCAACCUACAAUUACAAGAAAACAGAGAGAACACAAUAACUGAACUUAUCAAGAAGUUAUGAAUAAGUGGUGUAAGAAUAAUUUAGUAAGAACCAAAACACACCUGGUACCUUCUUUAUAAGGCUUUUCAAUACAGUGCAGUCUCAGAUACAAGAUUUCUAUGACUUUAUUCCUAAUGAGCAGUAUGGUAAGUAAACACUAUGAAAUGUAGAGAAGUUUGGGGCUUCUGAAUAAAUCAUUGUAAGGUCCAAUCUUGCACUCCUUAUUCUAACAAAACUCUGUCCUAUUGGUCAGUGAGGGUUAUAUCUAAGGAGGCCAAGAUCGGCUGCUAGUGAGGGUGAAGUCUUUCUCUGCAGUUAUUUCCAGAAAUGAACAACUUGUAGUCCAUCAACCAAACUGCAUCUGUUCAAAAUGUUGCCACAAACAUAAAACAAACUCCCACAUCACACUCCAUAACCUCUUUUUACUAUAUAUUGUAGAGUUGUUUUAAUCUGACUUCCAGUUUAUAAUAAUUUUCAAUUUUUUUUCCUGAAAAUAGCAAGUUACUAUAUUUAUAAAGUAUUCAGUUGUAGAAGCAAUUGGCUUUUUACUCUUGAUGUUUCCAUAUAUUUUACUAUGCAUCAAUAGAGUGAGGCAGUUUUAGAUCUACUUUAAUUUUAUUAGUAGUAAGGCUAGAGAAUCUUAGAACGUAUUUUUAAAUAUAGGUAUUGCUUGUAUCCAUUAUAGCUAUUAUUCUGAAAUCUAUAACUGAAAACUAUAACUGUAUAUUUAUUCCAUAAAAUAUAUAUUGUCAGAAUGUACUUGUUACAGAAAUAGGAUCUUUGUUUACCAUGUAUUACAAAUGUAGUAAGAUACUGUUAGCAAAAGACCAAGCUUUGUUUGGCACAUAUUCAUGUGAUAAAUAUAACCCAGCUAUCUUAGCUUUUCUGUAUUUUAAAAUUGAUUUUGUAUUUCAUUGUUAAUAUAUUUAGGAGAAGAAGUGUAAAUUGUUCCUGGCAUAUUUUCUUGUAAGUCAGUUUGAUCUUAAAGUUUAGAACUUUAUCAAAUCAAAUUGGAAUGUAAAAGCAAAAUAUAUAAGAACCUUUUUAAGUUUACAUUUACUUUUCCAAAGAUUAAUGAACAGUCACAGCCAAAGCUGGAAGGCUAAAAAUAUCAUCUACCUUAGAAGUGAAAAAAAACGUAAUCCUCAAAUCGUGACCAAUUUAUUUAUAAAUAUCUCCUACAUAGAGAAAAAGGAGGCAAAAAGGAAGUUCUCCAAUUCUUGCAUACUGAAAACUCCAGUUGAUUUCACUUGGAGUUGGGGGCACAAGGAACUCAGAACUAUUCUGAAACAAUGCUCUGGUUGCAGCCUUGUAACAAAAAAGCCAAAACAUGUUACAUCUUUUCUUUGCAAGUACUCACAUCAUUGAUCCCCUUCACUUCAGUAUAAGAUCUAAUCAAAUACAGAGCAGACAGCCACAGCAGGGGGAAAAAGGAUAUACCUUAGUAGCAUCGAUUUUAAAAAAGAAUACCUACUGGCCACCAGCUUUGACAGUGUUCCAUUACUAUAUUUAACUGCUGAAAGUAAUCAUGCUUUUAAAACCAAAUUAUACUUAAAGCACC